AAUUGUGACGUCUAUCAAUUCGUCAGCUAAAGGCAGCAAGGACUUGCAAGCUCCCCCUUUUCGUCGAUUUGUAAUCGUUGUACGAGAGCAGGAGUCUGCUCUGUGGAUCUGGUGGCCAUCUCGCGCAAUCCGAGCUGUGGGAUCUAAUACUUCACGGGCGGCCAUGGGCAUCCUGUUCACUAGGAUGCUCUCCUCAGUCUUCGGUAACCGAGAGGCUCGGAUCCUCGUGCUCGGCCUCGACAAUGCCGGGAAAACUACAAUACUUUAUCGUCUUCAGAUGGGGGAGGUCGUCUCCACCAUUCCAACGAUUGGGUUUAACGUGGAAACAGUUCAAUAUAAUAAUAUAAAGUUCCAAGUUUGGGACCUUGGUGGUCAAACAAGCAUACGGCCAUAUUGGAGGUGCUACUUUCCUAAUACCCAAGCUAUCAUAUAUGUUGUUGAUUCAAGUGACACUGACAGACUGGUUACAGCAAAGGAGGAAUUUCAUGCUAUCCUGGAGGAGGAUGAAUUGAAAGGUGCAGUUGUACUAGUAUAUGCAAACAAGCAGGAUCUCCCCGGUGCACUCGAUGAUGCCGCAAUAACAGAAGCUUUAGAGCUGCACAAGAUUAAGAAUCGGCAAUGGUCCAUCUUUAAAACCUCAGCUAUUAAAGGAGAAGGGCUCUUUGAGGGUUUGGAUUGGCUUAGCAACACGCUCAAAGCCGGAGGUGGUUGAUGCACAGAGCGAAAGUUCGAGUUGCCAUCUUACAAGCUGAGUCUCAUCGUUCCUUCGUCGUAAAACUUACAUGAAGGACUCUGGUUCCUUUGCUUUAUUUAAUCAAUUCUUUCCCC